AUGUCAGAUACAUCAUUUUGGAUACAAUUUCUUCAUGAUUCGAAUUUAUCGAUUGAUAAUAAUACUGUUUUGCAGUAUGGCGCGAUAUUAGCUGAUCGAUUUUCAACAAUUGAAGAAUUGUUAACUGUUGAUGAGAAUGAAUUAAUUAAUCUUGGUAUUACUAAUCAAUUUGAUCGUGUCUGUUUAAUAAAACAAGCUCGUCUUUUUAAUGAGAAAAAAAAUUCUGUAUUUAUUCGAGAAUUUAAUGUUUCGAAUCAUGUUCUUGGAAAUUGCCAUGAUAAUAAUCAAUCGACUCUUAUACAUCGAAAAUCGAAAUGUAAUUUACCAUCAACAUUACUUUCUCGAAUAUCAUUUCAUAAUCAUUAUUCUUAUAAUGAAUUAACAAAUGAUGAUGAAAAAUGUCAUGUUGAACAUAUAAUUGAGAUACCAGAAAGAAUUAUAAUAAAUGAUAAUAAUGAAAAAAUUCAAAUAUUAAUUGAAUCACAUCAGAAAAAAAUUUUAUCAAGUCAUGGAAUGCGACCAAUAAAAUCACUCUCCAGUACGAUAUCAUUAAAAAAGAAGAUUACUAUUGGUACUGAUCGUCUUAAACGACUUACUUUAUCAAGAUCAUUAUUUAAAAGACAAACAGAUUUAAUAACAAAAAAAAUAUCAAAUAUAACCAAUAAAAUUCUAAAUCCAAUGACAAAAAUAAAAAAUAAAAAUGAUUCAAUAUUAAAACGAAUGCAAGAAAUUGAAGAACAAGAACUAAAUGAACAUGAAAAAACACAGGUUUUAAGUCUCAAUAAUGAAAUCGAACAAUCAACUGAUUUAAUUCCUCAUGAAGAUGUACACGAAUCAAAACAUAAUAUUCAACUUGUUCAAACAUUAGUUAAUAAACGAUUCAAACUUGGUACUACAACAACUUUUUUAACACGAUCACUUGCUAAUUAUAAUUAUAUGAAAUGA